AGAGUAAUGAAACGUGCUGGUGCUAAAGAUAAAACAAUUUUUCAAGAAAAAAAAACUUGGGUCAUAAACAGUUAUUGUGUGUCGACGACCACCCCAUUGCGUAGAGGUGAACAAUCUCAUCACGUCAAAUGUUGACUACUAGCUUUUCUCGUGGCACAAAGAUGGACGACCAUCCGUCAUUUUCAAUCGAUGGCAAUCGACCCAUGAAAAAACAAGAAGGUGAUCGGGCCGACAACAGGAGCAAAACAUGGGCCCCCACACGAAGGAGGGAAAAGGGGUCGACAUAACAAAGCUAUGCGUGUGCAGACAGUGUUGUUGUUGCCAUUGAUUCCGACUGGAUGGACGCAACGUAAUAAUCAUCUGCUCGAUCAACAUUUGCCCCCGCGAGAUAUUUCUCAUCAUCGGAAUGUGCUCUAAAACGACCUCAACCUCAACAACGAACAUGGACUGGGACAUUAACGAUAGCAACAUCCCAAAGGUGACUCACUAUGAUCAUUUCAAUGACUGGGUGGAUGGCCACGUGCGCCUGGUCUAUCGGCCUGAUUGCGAAGAGGCUCGUCGACACGGCUCCGGCUGGGCAAUGAGAAACACCAACAAUCACAACGUCCAAAUCCUCAAGAAAUCGUGUCUGGGCGUUCUCCUCUGCUCCAACCGAUGCAUCUUAGACACGGGCGAGCAAGUCCACCUGAGGCCGGCCAUUUGCGACAAAGCCAGGAAGAAACAACAAGGUAAACCGUGUCCUAAUCGUCGAUGCAACGGGCGGCUGGAGAUCAUCGCGUGCCGCGGCCAUUGCGGCUAUCCGGUGACUCAUUUUUGGCGACACACUGAGCACGCCGUCUUUUUCCAGUCCAAGGGCGUUCACGAUCAUCCGAGACCCGAGGCCAAAUCGACGGCCGAACAGCGGCGAUUGCGCGGAGCCGCCGCCUCUCUCGGAGCGGGCCUCCAUCAGCACUCGACAUCGGCCGGCGGAUCAGGCCACCGACGGCCUAGGGGUUUGGCCCUCCUCCUAUCCCGUUCUCAGCAAAAAGUCAACAAGAUGGUGGCCGGUCAUUCUUCGAAACGUGAUAAAAAUAAGGGCGCGGCCAUGGCCAUUGUUAAAGUAGACGAGUUUCCUGUUCAAGUCAGCCCUGCAUUCCCGAUGAUGAUGACACCUGUUGAGCCCGCGCCGAUGGCAGCGCCAACCGACUACAAUCACCAAGGGCAUAUGGACGAAGGGUACCCACCGAUAGCCGCCUAUCCAACGGAAGUGCACGAUGCUUCUCUGUACUACCACAACCAUCACGCGCACAAUCAUCACCAGCAGCAGCACGUCAUGCCAGAUCCAUCGUCGAUGAUGGACAGUUCCUACAAUUUAACUUGUGACUACAACAAUGCGGCCGGAUAUUGCCAGACGGAUGUCCACCAAGCCAAUUCUUAUCCUUAUCAACAUUACGCCCCGGCAUCGGCCCCUUCGAUCGCUGGAGCACCUCCUUGUGACGCGCAAUCAUCGUCUGGUUAUUACGGUUCGCCAUCCGAUCAUCACCACCAACAGCAUCAUUACACGACGCAUCAGCCGAUGACAGACAAUAGCAGUUCAGUUUCACCGCUGAUCACGACGCCUUACGAUUGCUAUUCAAGUAGUCACGAUCAUUUAGAGUUAAAGUACCAAGCGGCUUUCGUCGAUGCCUUAGAAAGUCAGACCAACACGUCGAUGGAGACUGCCGUCACCGAAGUGUCGGCCACCAGCAACAACUCGUCGAGUACGACCACCAACGAUAUGGUGGUCAACGUGGAUCCACUGCAGAUCAAUGCCAAUCUCGUCCAGCAAAUGCCAACUCCCGAAUUCCAAUACGAGUACGAGACCAAUUAUAGUAAUAAUGAGUGGACCAUGACCACCAGCGGCCAUUAUACCAACGCUGCCAAUCAUAGCUACCCGACGGCUGCUGCCGUGGAGGCCUAUCCAACGGAUAACAGUUUAACGGGCUGCACGUCCGAUUCGGACAUAUCCGUUUUGCCCAAUUACUGUUUCGCCGCUUGCGUUUUCACGACGCCGCCAGCGUCGUCAGAGCCGGCCAGCAGCGGCGGCGCUAAAGUGGAGAUCGGUACUUAUUCGCCAGCGACGCGUCACUUUGAGUCUUACGAUAGCGGCCAUUACCAGACGUUAAACGAAGAGCCUCUUCAUCCAGCCUUAUGAGUCGCCUUCUCCAUUUUCCUUUUUCUCUCCCUGUUGUCUCUGUUGUAAAUGUGUAUUUUGAAAAUGAUAGAAGCAUCCGAAACUACUGUCGUGCCUUUUUGACACGCUCCACACGUUUUGUUUACGUGUCGAUCUCGCGACUCGUUGAUAUUUUUGGAUGGGGGUAUUUAAACAUUUUCAUUUUCGAAGGUCUUGUCUGUUUGAAUUUGUUUUUCAAUGGGAAUAUGCUGCACUAUGAGGGUUUUCUUUCAAAUGUCGCGCUUAUUCUACAUUGAAUGAAUAAGAAACGUAUGUCGCGUGUUUUUUUCGUUUCAAUGCUUCGUCUUUUGACGAUGCGUCCAGUGAACUGUUGCCAUUUGCAGCGCCUCCAAGCGCGUUUUAAACAAUGAGAAAAACAAGUAUGCACACCCUUCUUUCUACAAAGGGAAAAAGAAGAAAGAAAAUCUAUUAGUUGAAUCGCAAGAUUGUGAAACUGAUGGCCACAAGUGCCCUGAUCUCCCUGUAUACUACGAUCCAUCUGUCAAUCUAUCUUCACCUUUUAUCCACACAUUUCUUUUUUGUUUUCAGUCUCAAGUGUAGUGCCCUAUCAUAUUUUUUCUUUCUGUAUUUUUUUAUUAUUUUUUUUUUCCUGAUGUAGUGUAUCAACGGAAAUGAGGAACACGUAACAAAAAGGUGGAAAUCCACAUUAUAACGCACCCAUGGCUCAAAAAAUAUACAAAAAAGUACUUA